AUGGCGUGCGAUUUAGAAAAAAUUGAGGAAAAGGAGAGGGAGCGGGAGCAGCCCAAUGUCGUCAUUCAGCUGAAUUCGCUAGGACUUGACGAACUGGUAUCACUGACGUUGAAAUUGGAAGAGGAAUGGAAGCUAAUAAAAAAGAAUUACGCUAUCUUGGAAGGUGCAGUGGUGACAUAUGACAAAUGCAAAAAUUGUGUUGAGCAACUAAACCCUACCAAAUUUGAAGCAAAAAAUUUUAAUGCCUUUAUGAAUGAGUUGGAGCGAUCAGAAUUGAUCAAACUUUGCAACAAGGAACAGACGGCUGGCAGGAGAAUACUCAGCGAAGGUGAAGAGUCCCAAGCGAGGGACAGCCUGCAGCAGCUCGAUACCCUGAUUGACAAGAUCGAGAUUAACAAGAAGGAUGCAGAGACGGAGAAGAAGGCGCUGGAUGUGCACAUCCCCCUGACGUCCCUGGUUUACAUCCCGGGCAAAAUCGUCGACACGGAGAAUUUCCUCAUACGCAUGGGGACGAACUACUACGUGCAGAGGAACGCCAAGCAGACCAUCGAGUAUUUUAAUAAGAAAAUAGGCAAGCUAAAUGAACAAAUAAAAAAGCUCAAAAUUACCAUCAUAGAGAAAAAAAACGAAAUAGACCUUUGCAAAAAUUACAUUCAGCUGAAGAGGCAGAUGCAAAUGACUGCCGGGGGAGGUGCCACUGCGGGUGGAAAUGUGAACGUGCAGCAGGCCACUCCACGCGCUGCCAAUCCGUAG